AUGGUCAAGUGUGUUCUGACAUUUCUCUGUUUGGCAAUCGCCACCGCACUGAGCCCGGAGUCGUUGAACUCUGAUAUAUCGAUUCUCAUCCACAAUGAUUUGCUAGAAACAGAAAGUCCUUUUUCAGGCUCGGGAAUCAUAGCCCUCGACGCGAGACCAUGGCAAGAAGCCACUCAAAGCUGCCAAAGCGUUGGCGAGGGUCUCUGGGGAAUUGGUUCUAGUUAUGAAAACAUCCAAAGCGACUUGGAAUACCUUGUAUUGCAAGGAAAAUAUACCCGGGGCCAACGUUUUUGGGUUGCCUCCGACCAUCGCAAGCUGUCGACCAUUGACACGAAUGGUCAGAUCUAUAACGCCUCUGCAUACGAAAAGCUGCCCGUCCUUUGUACACAAAGUGCACCUUACUCCAAUAUCACAUUUCAGGAUACCAGCUCGCAGUGGCAAGUGACGGUGCAUUCCAACAACGAGUAUCUCACUGGGUUUCGGGAUCGAUUCAGCUUCCGAUUUCUAGGAAUCCGCUAUGCUGAUCAGCCUCAGCGAUGGGAUUACUCACAAUUGUAUAGAGGAAGUGGUACAAAAGUCUCGGCCCUUGACUACGGCUCUGACUGUAUACAAGGCACCACUGGCUCAGAGGAUUGUCUGUUCCUCAAUGUCUGGACUACUUAUCUUCCUAAGCACACGACCAUUGAAAAGAGUAACCUAAAACCCGUGAUGCUCUGGAUCCACGGUGGAGCCUUUUUGAGUGGCACUGGCAGUGAUCCGACGUCCGACGGCGGCAAUCUAGCCUCGAGAGGCGACGUGGUGGUCGUCACGAUAAAUUAUCGGUUGGGCACACUUGGGUACCUUGCAUUGAAUGAUGGCAAGACCAAUGGAAACUACGGGUUGGCAGAUCAAACUACGGCGCUGGAGUGGGUUCGUCGAAACAUUCAGGACUUCGGCGGCGAUCCGGACAGAGUGACCAUAUUCGGACAGUCGGCUGGUGCAGCCUCUGUGCGGGCAUUGCUUGCAUCUCCUAAAGCACGAGGUAACUUUGCUGGUGCAAUCAUGCAUAGUAAUCUUGGAGGCUUGGCUUAUGGCACAACCUACUCGAAGUACUACACCAUCGACCAGGAGAUGGAGGUUGUAGGGAGAGGUAUUCUGGAUGAGACGAACUGUACACAUGCUGUCUCACCGGUUGAAUGUCUGAGGUUACUGCCCGCAUCAACAAUUGCAAACCUCGCCGACCCUGCGCGGUAUCUGGUUGUCGAUGGGGUCUAUCUCCAAAGCUCGGAGCUUGAUCUGACCAACUCAGCAUCAACUGCCCAUGUACCUCUGAUGAUGGGCGCAAUGAGAGACGAUGGUGCUGCCAUAAUUGGCUAUCCCGAAGUUGGACAAUCUCUGAAGUCCUUCCUCAAUGAGACCGGUUUACCCGAUUCAGUCGCACCAAGCGCUCUCUUCCCCGUGCCAUCAACGACCAACGCUACCCUGGAUAUCUUCAAUACUUCAUCCCGAAUAGCUACAGAUGCCAUGUUCCGCUGCAUUGACCAAGCAACUGCACAAGCUGGUUCAAAAAACCACAUUUUCCCCGAUAUCUUCUACUACGGGUUCAAUCGGUCAUAUCAAAUGCCCGGUUGGUCACCUAAUGCCCCAUUGUGCAAUGCGCCUAUUACAGACGAGUUCCCAAAUGGCGAUCCCAGUCAGGAUUACUUCAAAUGUCAUUCAGGUGAAUUGUUUUACGUGUUUGGGAGUUUCCGUCGCCAGGGCUUGCCGUUCCGGGAUGAGUUCGACCUACCCUUUGGGCAGUAUGUGCUAGAUUCUUGGACCAGUUUUGCGAGAACGGCUAGGCCUACUCCUAAUUUGGAAUUUCUGAGGACGAGAGGGUAUGUUAACACGACUCGAGAAGUUGAGACGACUGGGCCGUGGAGGCCUUUCAGUGAGCAUGGCCAGCUUCGGCUGCUUCAGUGGCCGUCCAGCAUGAGGGAUCUGGAUGAUCUGGCACAAUGUCAUGCGUUAGAUUUGCCCUUAGACUACUUCAUCUACUAG